AAAGCCGUCUCAUUGGUCGGCGCAGUCGGAACUCCAGCGGCUUUUCACUUAGUGCUCAAGCCGUUGACUGGCUUCUGGCUCUGCAACCGGGAGUUCUCUUUUCUCAAGUGCCGGGAGCUGUUGGCCCCAAGAAGUCGGGACUGAGCUAGACCGGGUAGCUGCACCGAGGAAUCAUGACGACCCUGGAUGAUAAGUUGCUGGGGGAGAAGCUGCAGUACUAUUACAGCAGCAGUGAGGAUGAGGACAGUGACAAUGAGGACAGAGAUGGAGGCAAGGGUGCGCUGGCCCGCAGUUCUAUGCCUGUAGAUGCUGAGCUGACUGGGGAAGGCAUCUCAGUUAACACAGGUCCAAAAGGUGUGAUCAAUGAUUGGCGCCGCUUCAAGCAGUUGGAGACAGAACAAAGGGAGGAGCAGUGCCGGGAGAUGGAAAGACUGAUCAAGAAACUGUCAAUGACAUGUAGGUCUCAACUCGACGAAGAAGAAGAACAGCAAAAACAGAAGGACCUUCAGGAGAAGAUCAGUGGGAAGAUGACUUUGAAGGACUUUUCAAUGAUGAGUGAGAACCAAGAUGAUGAAGAGUUUCUGCAGCAGUACCGAAAGCAGAGAAUGGAGGAGAUGCGACAACAGCUUCACAAGGGGCCCCAGUUCAGGCAGGUCUUUGAAAUACCCAGUGGAGAAGGGUUUUUAGACAUGAUUGAUAAAGAACAGAAAAACACUCUCAUCAUGGUCCAUAUUUAUGAAGACGGCAUUCCAGGGACAGAAGCCAUGAAUGGCUGCAUGAUCUGCCUUGCUGCUGAGUACCCAGCCGUCAAAUUUUGUCAGGUGAAGAGCUCAGUUAUUGGGGCCAGCAGUCGGUUCACCAGGAAUGCGCUGCCUGCUCUACUGAUCUACAAAGGGGGAGAACUGCUUGGCAAUUUUGUUCGUGUUACUGACCAACUGGGGGAAGAUUUCUUUGCUGUGGACCUUGAAGCUUUUCUACAGGAAUUCGGAUUGCUCCCAGAAAAGGAAGUCUUGUUACUCACAUCUGUGCAUAACUCUGCUACUUGUCACAGUGAGGAUAGUGAUUUGGAAAUAGAUUGAACUGGUAGUCUUUGUUGCAUAGAUUUCUCACUGGACUGGAAGACACAUGUUUAUGUGUUUAUUUUUGUUCUUUCUGUGUCUUCUGGCGUUUCAGCUGCUCGUUGUAGUCCCAUUUAUUAUAUGUAAAGUCAAGAAAUUCUUAGAUUAAAUCAGGAUGCUGAAU